AGGCAGCAUUUUGCAAAUCACACGCGAAAUCUCGCGAGAAGAGGUGAGAUUAAAUAUGGCGGCGCCCUUGUGCUGAUAUGCUUCUGGUCUGCUGCUGAUGACUUUGCUUGCUGAAAACCAACAAACAAAAACUUCAAAUUUCGCGGAACUCGUGCAGUUGCUUUGCUGAAUAUUUAAUGAUGGAGACACGCAGCUCUAAAGUUUCAGAUAACCCUGGGAAACUAGAGAAACACGUGGACGAUGUGAAUACAAGCCCUGCCCAGAGAAGAAUAUCACCUCGUACUCUUGCACUAACAACCCCGGGAAAUGGAUUCACAAAGAGAAGUGAAAGGAUAAAAAUCACUACAGUUCAGCGUGGAAAGAGUGUUACUCAGGAAAAUGUUCUCAAGCGACACCAGAGCACUCGCACAGGAGAGAAACCGUAUGAUUGUUCAUGUUGUGGGAAAAGGUGUACUCGCCAGAUUGAUCUCCAAAGACACCAGAAAAUUCACACAGAAAAGACGUAUUGCUGCUCACAGUGUGGGAAGAAUUUUAAGCGUCUCAGUUGUCUCCGGCAACAUCAACGCAUUCAUACGGGAGAGAAACCAUAUCAGUGUACACAAUGCGGGAGUGUUUUUACACAAUACAGUUCUCUCCGACAACACCUUCGCGUUCACACAGGAGAGAAGCCGUAUCACUGCUCGCAGUGUGGGAAGAGUUUUUCUCAACAAGGCAAUCUGCAAACGCACCUUCGCUUUCACACAGGAGAGAAGCCGUAUCCAUGCUCACAAUGUGGGAAGAGUUUUCGUGACAGGAGUAGUCUUAAACGACACCAGCCCAUUCACACAGGAGAGAAGCCGUAUCACUGCUCGCAAUGUGGGAAGAGUUUUAGUGACAGACGUUAUCUUAAACAACACCAGCGUGUUCACACAGGACAGAAGCACUUUUUCUGCUCACAGUGUGGAAACAGUUUUUCUUACCAAAGCAGUCUGCAAGCACACCAGCGCAUUCACACAGGAGAGAAGCCGUAUCAAUGUUCACAAUGUGGGAGUCGUUUUACACAACACAAUUCUCUCCGACAACACCUUCGCAUUCACACAGGAGAGAAGCCGUAUCACUGCUCGCAAUGUGGGAAGAGUUUUGCUCAUCAAAGCAAUCUCCGAACGCACCUUCGCGUUCACACAGGAGAAAAGCCGUAUCAGUGCUCGCAAUGUGGGACGAGUUUUAGUGAAAGGAUUACUCUUAAACGACACCAGCGCAUUCACACAGGAGAGAAACCAUAUCGGUGUUCACAAUGUGGGAGUGGUUUUACACAACACGUUCAUCUCCGAAGACACCUUCGCAUUCACACAGGAGAGAAGCCGUAUCACUGCUCACAAUGUGGGAAGAGUUUUGCUCAUCAAUGCAGUCUGCAAACGCACCUUUGCAUUCACACAGGAGAGAAGCCGUAUCGAUGCUCGCAAUGUGGGAAGAGUUUUAGUGACAGACGUUAUCUUAAUGGACACCAGCGCAUUCACACAGGAGAGAAGCCGUUUUUCUGCUUACAGUGUGGAAAGAGUUUUUAUUACCAAAGCAGGCUGCAAGCACACCAGCGCAUUCACACAGGAGAGAAACCAUAUCAGUGUUCACAAUGUGGGAGUGGUUUUACACAACAUGGUCCGCUCCGAAAACACCUUCGCAUUCACACUGGAGAGAAGCCGUAUCACUGCUCCCAAUGUGGGAAGAGUUUUAGUGAAAGGUGUACUCUUAAACGACACCAGCGCAUUCACACAGGAGAGAAGCCGUAUCACUGCUCGCAAUGUGGGAAGAGUUUUGCUCAACAAAGCAAUCUGCAAACACACCAGCGCAUUCACACAGGAGAAAAGCCACAUCACUGCUCACAGUGUAGGAUGAGUUUUAGUGACAAGAGUACUCUUAAACAACACCAGCGUGUUCACACAGGAGAGAAGCCGUAUCACUGCUGGCAAUGUGGGAAGAGUUUCGGUCAACGAAGCAGUCUGUGCAAACACCAGCGCAUUCACACAGGAGAAAAGCCGUAUCACUGCUUGCAAUGUGGGAAGAGUUUUGCUCAACAAAGCAGUCUGCGCAAACACCAGCGUGUUCACACAGGAGAGAAGCCGUAUCACUGCUUGCAAUGUGGGAAGAGUUUUACUCAACAAAGCAGUCUGCAAACACACCAGCGCAUUCACACAGGAGAGAAGCCAUAUCAAUGCUCACACUGUGGGAAGAGUUUUAGUGACAGGAGUAGUCUUAAACGACACCAGCGUGUUCACUCAGGAGAGAAGUUGUUUUGUGCUCCAAGUGUGGGAAAAGUUUCAUGGUUGUAAAUAUGUUUAAAACACACAAAUGUAUACACUGAAUCUGUAAUCCUGAUUUCAUGCUUACAGUAAAACACUGAUUUUUGUCACCUUAAGAGCACUGGUAGGCACUCACAUCUCACCUUGCCACCAUGCCUUGGAGAAUGCAGUCUUGUCCUACUGUAUAUGGAUUUUAUUUGUAUAGAAUGACAAAGCUCUCUACUACUUUCUACUAACAUGGUGUACGUAAAUAAAGUAUAGGGUAAAGUUAGCUAAAAUGAGCCAGAUAAGGUUGGAGCAUCAUAGCCUUUUAGGUUUUUACAGCCAAUCACAAUAACUGAUCUUACAUUGUUGCUAAAACACUAGUUGACAUUUAACAAUAGUUCUGUUUGGUCUAAAGUUCUUAAAGUGGGCAGGGCACAGUGUUAUAUGAAGCAUGUUAGAGAAAUUGUAUGUUAAGUGAACAUGGCAUAGUAAAUUUCAUUCAUCACUAAUAAGGGUGAUAAAACAAUUAUAAGUAAGCUUACCAAUGAAGCAAAAAGUCUAUGAAUAAUGUUUUGACAUGCUCUUUUAAAUAAAAACAUUUAAAUGUAAAAAUAAACUUUGAUUUUUGUGAAAAAAAAGUCAUUUUUAGGGUAGUGGCCCAUUUUAGCUUAACCAGCUAGCUAAAAUGGGCCACAUACACACACUCUUACACAGAAAUUACACAGAAAUUGAGGGUGAAAAUGGGUUCAUAGGCCUAGAUAUAUAUCCAUACAAAGUAUUUUUUUGAUAUUUUGCGUUGCAGACAGUAUGCCAGGAGGAUGGGCAAAGAAAAGAAAAAGAGAGAGAAGAAAAAAAAGGAAAAGGAAGGAAGAUGUCAAUACAGCCAGUGGAGAAAGGACAGAAUGAGGCGUGCCAUUAAUGAAUACCAGGAGAUAGUUGAGAGAGGGCCAGCAUUAAAUGUUUGCUUUUUAGCAAGGGCUUGGAACAUUCCAAAGACCACUUUGCAUAGGCGCAUUU